AUGUAUGCUGUGCCUCCAAAACAUACAUGCAAGACCGUGCUUCAGUCAUCUCCAUCCGCGCGCCAGAUCCAGCCUCAUCGUCAAGCUUCAUUGUCCGUGUAUCAGGCGAUUCGUCAUCCGAAGCUCGCGGUGUUGCCGGUGUUGGAAUUGCGCAAGGACCUGUCCCAACCACCCCGAAGUGUUCGGUCAACGGACAUCGUGAUAGUCGCUGGAGACUUCAAUGCUAGAAUGAGAUUCCUAGACGAAUCGUAA